GCAAAAAUAUAAAUAAAUUAACAGGUCCAACGACACCUUCAACGGUCGAAAUGCACAACACAAUUUUGUGAGGAAAUCGUCCCAAGUGCGACGUGAGGGCGCACGCCCCAUGAGCCGACAGUCUCCGGAGCCGCGUUUUCCUUUCCAGUGCGUUUCGAGUGACUCCGUGAUACGCGCUUCAUCACUUGGCCCACAAACCGAUUCGAACGAGAGCAACAAGACAAGGCGCCGAACGAUUUCGAUCUUGGGCCCAGGAUCACGUUGGCAAAUAGGCGCGGGGACGACACCGCGGUGAGGCGGCGUUCGCUUCGUCGGGACAAUGUCAUUGCAUCGCCGUUCCGGAAUGUGAUUUUGCACAAACGAACGGGACGAUUCGACACGGCACGACCAAAAUGCUCAUAUCGAACCAGACUUAUUUACAUGGGACUGAUGGAAGCAUGGUGCUGGGAGCGAUUGCCGGACUGGGGGUCCUUAUGUUGGUGGUGUUGCUUUACAUAAGGAACAAGGGAUGGUGGUGGGGCACGGUCUCUGGCAUGAGUUGCUGCGACGAAGCGUGUCCUCCGGUUUCGUCGAGGCCGGUGCCGACGCCGCCAGUGCCUAGUGCCAUAUCGCCGGUACCCAUCAAGAACAAGCUGGUGAUGUUUUCAGUAAAAACAUAUUCGAUAGAGGGCGGAGGAGGCGGCGGAGAUUCCAGCUCAGAGUCGGAGACGGGCGGCGGAUCUCGGAUGAGACACGGAUCCCUGGGACAUGCGACUGCGCCGCUCCGCCCCACCCACGAUCUCAUGUCGCUGGUGGAGAAGGGCCGACUGGGCAUGAGCAGUAACAGCUCCUGCUGCAGCUCCACCACGAGCUCGGUAGGUGAGCGCCACGUCAUCGACAAAACGGCACCUAGCCGACUCAACGAUACGACACUUCUUACCAGAUCAACGGUAGAUUUAAGAGAAACAAAAAUUGACAAUCAGGGAAUAGACUAUCAAAAAAUAGAGGCGAUAUCUUCGUGCGAUCAAAUCGACAUCAACAGCAAUAGAGACUGCAUCGUGGUGAUGAACACAGAGGGCGAAGACAAGAGCGAACUGAUGUCGUGUGGUGGUGGUGUCCUAGAUGAACCACCAGAAGCCCAAAUGAUCAUUAGUAAGUGCGGUCAUUUGGAGAUAGCCCUACUCUACGACGCCCCCAUGAGGAAGAUGACGGUGCACGUACUUCAAGCAAGGGACAUUCCAAGUCGUGAUCGUGGACAACCCACACACACACAGGUGCGGUUGUUGUUACUGCCCAGCAAAAAGCAAAAACACAAAACCAAAAUUCGACAAGGAGAAAAUCCACAAUACAUGGAAAGUUUUCUUCUUCAUCGAGUAAAUCCAGAGGAUGUAAAUUCCAUGGGAAUAAGGCUGCGGUUAUACGGCUGUGAACGCAUGCGUAGGGAACGACUAAUCGGCGAAGCCGUUGUUAGUUUUGCCAAUAUAAAUCUGGAACUGGAGAACAACUUCUGGUUGAACCUUGAACCAAGGUCCAACAUAACGUUGAGUGGUUGCACUGGUGAACUGAUGAGUCUGGCAAGGUCAGAUAGUACUGGAUCAACGCAUUCCAUGCAACAUGGUGGAGUUCCUGAACUGUUGCUAGGCUUAUGCUACAAUGCCACCACAGGAAGAUUGAAUGUGGAAGUGGUAAAAGGAUCACAUUUUAGAAACUUGUCCCUGAAUCGGGCACCAGACACCUACGUGAAACUGAUACUAGUCAGCAGCACAGGUCAGGAGUUGGCCCAAAGCAAGACGACUGUUAGAAGGGGCCAACCCAAUCCGUUGUUCAAGGAAAUUUUUGUAUUUCAAGUGGCACUCUUCCAGCUGGCCGACGUGACAUUGAUGGUGUCUGUAUACAACCGCAAGGGUGUCACUAAAAAGAAAGAGAUGGUCGGCUGGUUCAGUCUCGGUCUGAAUUCAAGCGGUGCCGAGGAGCUGGCCCACUGGAUGGACAUGAAGGAGUUCCAGCAGGAGCAGAUCUGUCGCUGGCAUGUCCUGGUGCAGUCGUAGCCGUGGAACGACCCCCGCCCCGUCCCCUUUUAGGCCGGUCCACCGCCGGUCUCGUCUCGUCUCGUCUCGGAACGCCGCUGCGUAAAUUCUGCGAUCGCCUUAUUAUGUAUUAUUGUAUAGGUUAGUUAAGUAUACUUAUUAUGAAACGGAAGAGAAUGGCUAGUGAUUGAUAAUUGUAAUAAAUUGAAUUCCGUUUUUUGUGGGCCGGCGACUGCGUACUUGACACCAUCGGCUUAUUUUUCAAUCCACUGACAUACAUUAUACUUAAUUAAUCACAUUCAAACAUCUCAAGGUGUUACCAGUUCGUUUUAUAUGCAAUUAAUAUAAUUAACAUAUCGAUGAUUAAAUAAAAUUAGUUAAAUCUUUAUUAAUCAUUAGCAAUACAAUUUUAAAAAUUGACUAUGGUUAGACUGAAGAGAAAAGGACAUAUUUAUAUGGUUUAUCGGAUUAGUUAGAGUAGAUACAUAUCAAUUUAAAAACUAAUAAAAAUGUAACAACAAUUAAGCACAAUAAUUUUCUUUAUUCUUUUAUUUAAAUUUAAACUAAAUCUGAAGAGGAAAAUAACUUAAACAUCUUUUAAAAAACUAAAAAACAGGUUCAAUAAUAAUUUAAAAAUUGGAUAAUCAACAAAUUAAUGAGAAAGGAUUGUCGCCAAGUUAAUUAUUAUUUUUAUCCACAUGAUACAAAAGUCAUCUAGUACGCAUUCGUUGGGCCGAUUCAACAGUUUUUAUUGUGAUAUUAAAAUCGAAUUUGAUUGAAUAAAAAUGAAGAAAACAUGAUCAAAAACACUGAAUGUGUCCGCAGUUUUAACGUUAUGUAGGUGUACAACGCACUUUUCGUUCUUCAUUGAGGAUCAGUGUCGUCGUUAAUUAUACAGGUGAACGCCAAAAAGUAAGCACAAAUUAGGUUUAAGCUAAGAAGAAGUAAUUUUACCUAAAAAAAAGUAUGUAGGGAUGGGUCACACAUAGCUUUAUACAUUUAUUCAAAUAACUAUGUAUAUAUUAACGAGUUUGCAAUGAAGAAGUAGAAAUAAAGUGUGUCUGUCUGUCUCACUACACUUUAUUUUUACGAAAUCCUUUUUACACAUUUAUUGCGAACACGAAGAAAAAUUACUAUAUUAACUGUUUUAUAUUAAAAAUUUUUAUAGGCAUGUCAAAAAUUGAUCAUAACAAGACGGUUGUAUUUUUUGUGUCUUGUUACUAUUGGGGGUCAAUUCUUGAUGGGCCGCCGUAGGCUUAAGUGUUUUUUCAUAUUCAAAUUUUAAAAAAUAUACACUAUCUAAUCGAUUAAAAAUGAUAACCCUAUUGGAUAUUGAAGGUGUUAUUUACGUUUGUUAAGAGUGAUUAUUGAUUCGGAUCCCUAACGAGCACAGGGUAAUUAAUUACACGGCCAAUCGAAACAAUGUUCAAGAACUUUGUCAUUUUUCCGAAUGGUCUCCUUAUUCUGCAUGUAUCCGCAACUUAUCAAAUCAAACUGUGAUUUUGCGUCUUUGACUUUAUUCAAUGAUUGAGAUCCACAGCAUUGGAAAUGUUGUGCAAAUAGUUCAUUUUGCAGUUGCAUUUUGUAAAUAAAUGGUAAAUCUUUGCGCUAAUACACCAAUAAUUUUUUACGCUCUCUUGUAAAAAGAUAACCCCGUACGUGUACUACUUUGUAUAAUACACUGUCAAUUGAAUGUGUUCAUAAACAAAUAUAAAUUGUUCAACCCUGUUUGAAUGUGAUUGGAGGUGAUAAGAAAUUUUUUAAAUUUAAACAACCCAAACUUAUGAUUGAUGUUAUUGAAUAUUAUUAAGUGAACAAUUGAUGGUAACUUAAAGAAGCGUUCACAUAUUAGUAUCUAUUUAUUCGUAAAACGCUUAUUGAGAAAUUUUUCUAAUGUGUGCUGAAGUGGUAUCGAUAUGGAGGUGCCACUUUCCCACACAUUUUCUGCUUGUAAACACCAUUAAAUCGAACAUGCCAGGAUGUCAUUUGUUUCUGCAUCCUGGAUUUUUGUACAAACACAAUUGUAUUGAAAGAAAGGACCAUGUAUAUAUGACUUUAUGAUUGUAAGAGGACAACAAACAAAGGAACGGCGACAUGGGAUUGAAAUAAAUUUGUGUGGGUUAGCAGAUAAUCAACCACAACCAUUAUGGAAAGGAGUUUUUGAACGAGUCGGCAACUUCCUUUAUUCGUUGGCCACCUGUCUUGUUUCAACAACUUUUCCCCAUCCCUACACAAAAACUGUUACGUGAAAAGUUAAGAAAUUAUUGCCUUCUACAAAACAUUAUUAACGUAUUAUUUGUACGAAUUCAGAAACUCGAACAAAUUUUGUACCUUGUCCAUUUUUUAUGUGAAAUAUCAGUAUUACAUUUGCAUGAUAUUAAAACAUAUAAUAAAUAAAUAUUGCACUGCUGAACACAAUUGCACUAAAACUUGAUGAUGUCUUUUUAAUAUAAUUGUAUUCCAAACGUUUUUGUACAAAAUAAAUUUAAAUUAUCCAUGUC